CAUCCCUGAGAGUCGGGCCGACGGUCAGAGUUUAUCAGCGGCAGAGCACAAGACGUCUCCACAAACAUGGCUCUGAAUCGGAAUCACUCGCAAAACGGCGGAGUUUUGGUGAACAGCGGAGAAAGUGUUUUAAGGGAAUGUAAGAAUGUGGAGCUGACAUUCAGCGAUGUUUCCUGCAAGACAGAUCUGCUCAAGGGGACCAAGAAAGGCACCAUUUAUCUCACACCAUACAGGUUGCUGUUUGUGUCCAGUAACACCAAGGACUGCCUGGGUUCAGCCAUGUUCCCCUAUUAUCUGAUGAAGGGCUGCAGCAUUGAGCAGCCGGUCUUUGCAGCCAACUACAUCAAAGGGACAGUGUCAGCUGAGCCUGGUGGUGGCUGGGAGGGCCAGGCCCAUUUCAAGAUGUCAUUCCCCAGUGGAGGAGCCAUAGAGGUCGGACAGCAUCUCUUUAAACUGGCCACAAAUGCUUCUCGUGCUGCUCCAGCACAAAACGGUGCCGCCUCUUACGGAUAUCCUUCACCUGGCAUGAUGAACGGCUACGGCCCACCUCCACCUGCUCCUCAAGGCUAUUCUUACACACCCUCUCCUCAGCAGAAUGGAUUCUACCAGGGUCCCCCCCCUGCUGCUGCUAACAUGGGCUACCCCCAUCCAACAGCUGCUGCAGGAAUGUACCCAUCUGGUUUCGACUACAUGGCUCCACCUCCCCCCUACCCUGGGCCGCCCCAAAAUUGGGCUGCACCCCCCCAGAACUGGGCAGCAGCGCCACCACCACCUCCAGGUAACUCCAAAGCGGCUGAAGCAGCUGGCAGCGCGUAUUACAAUCCCAACGAUCCACACAAUGUCUACAUGCCCAUGGAGCGGCCUCCACCAUAUGCACCUUAUCCAAACUCUCCUGACAAGAAAAGUAACUGAAGCUCAGGAAACAUCACUUCAAUGACACUCCUCUCUCUUCCUCUCUAUCUUAAAUAAAUUCUAAAGCAAGGGAUAAUGUUGACGGCUUAUAGAAAACAGAAAAGAAAAUGCAAGUAAUAGAGGAUUCUAAGAUGUCAGUGAUGAUUCUCCAAUGAAUCAACAGUAUUUUGAAUACUGGAAUCACAUCUUUUAAAUACUGUUUUCAGUUUUACUUCAUGUAGAGUGACAAUAUUAGGUAGACUCAAUCUAAUUAACAUUCUCAGUUAUUGGAUUUAUUUCUGUUGAGUUUUUAGCACGUUAGCAAAGUAAGGGCACCUAAAAAGGUCCAAGUUAAAGGGGUAGCUUAUAUUUUUUUUGGAAGUGGAGUUUUAAGGAUUGCUUAUCCAUAGAUAGUAUAUUACAUACAGAAGAUGUCUUGGGACACCCUCAGUUUGGAGAAGCAAGCUGGAGUUCGACUUGGAAGCUAUGCAAUGCCCUGGUGUGGACGGGGGCAGCAGCAUUUUAGCCACCUAAAAAAAGAAGCGCCUAAAAAUAGUCAAUAUGAUUUUAUAUGUACGCUAUACUGAGAGUAUUUUCACCGCUUUAUCUUAAUGGAACACAGUGAUAUCUAACAGGAAAAUAAAGCCGUUUUUCACUUUCUUCAAUGCCAGACUCCAUUGAGAAAAGCAGUGAUUUAACACGCCGAACACAGGAGCUGCUGAUCUACUGCUGCCUCAAACAGUUUGUUAAUUUGUGUUGUUGUGUGACUUCGGUGUUAAAAGGGUUCAAUCAGAUUCGCUAAAGUCACACAAUAACACAAACUAACUAGCUGAUCCAAGCAGAUGUAGACCAGCAGCUCCUGUGUUCAGAGAGCUAAAAUUGCUGUUUUUUUCAAUGGAGUCUGGUGGCUUUGACGAGAGCAUAGAGAACGGAGGUUUCCUGUCAAAGCAGGCUGUCUGUCAGAAAGGUUAAGUGUUGAAAAUACUAUUAAUAUAUCAUGCAGUUGAGCUGAUAUUGACUUAUUUUUAUUAUUAUUAUUUUUUAGGUGGGACAUUUUUUUGGGGGGCUAAAACACAUUUAAUUUCUGACCCCGUCCAGAGCAGUACAUUGCUUAAUUUUUGUGUCGGACUCCAGCCUGCUUCUCCAAACUUGGGGGCGUGGUGACUGAUAUCUAACGUUUAUAAUAUAAUCUCUAUUGAUAAGCACUUCAUAAAACAGCACUUAAAAAAAUCUAAACUUCCUCUUGAAGAGCUGAAAGAAGGAGGCAGUCUGGGGAAUGUAUUUUUUAAGACAGAUUUAUUACCAAAACAUUUUUGUAGCAAUUUCUUGAUUGCAGUUCAUGUAGUUAUUAAUAAUAACUCUUAUGAUAAAGGGUAUUUUUACAGUAUCAUUGAAGGUAAAGUGUGUGUUUCCUAUAUCGUUUUGAGUGAGUAGUUGUCCAUGAAACCAGAACUGGGUUAAAUAGUGUUUAGUGAUUCAGUAUCUUGACUGAUUCUCAUGCAAUGACUAGAAAAUAGUGUUUCCCUGCACUGUCAAAAUGAUUUGUUUUAACAUGAAAAGGUUAGUGUCAGGAUUGCCUUAAAUUUUAAAAUUGACUGAAUUUGAGAAGAAGUUGGGAUGAUUUGUAAUGAUUCAACUUUUCUACUCAAAUUCAGUCAACGUAAAUAUUAAAGGCAACCUAACAUUAACUGUAUAAGUUAAAACAAAUGAUCUUUACAGUGUGACAUAUGACCAACAUGAGCCUGCGCUACAUCAGCUACAAGUAUUUCCAUUCAUCAUAGGACCCAAAUCUCACUUUCUCCAUCAUAAUUUAAUAUAUAAAAAAGGUUUUUGUAAUGAAAAGGAGCAGUGCAUUAAAAAAGGGGAUCAGACAGAUUUCUUACAUAACAAUAUAAUAUUUGUGCAAUAUUACAACCUUACAUAAGGUUAAAGGUGACGAGCUGGGGUUACCUGAGUGACCCUGAGCUCUUCUCCGAGCUUCUAUUGUAUUCAUGUAUGCAAAGCCAAGCUGAAACCAGAACUCUACUCUUUGUGUAAUUACACUAGUGUGGGGUUACAGGGCCACGGCGUUAUAUUAAGGGCCCGUCAGUGUUCUGCCUGCUGUUGAACUUCUGAAUGCGAACCAUUUAUUCCCGAUUUAAAGUGGGGCGAGGCGCCAACAGGCCGUGUAAUCACAGCCCCUCUCACUGUGCAUCUGUUAACACCUGUUUGCAGGACUAUUUGCACACAGCUGAAAUGUAUGGAGGAUUUUUUUUGAAGGGUUUGGGUUUUAGUUUGCUUGACUAAUCAGAUAUCUGUAUAUUAAUAUCUCUUUUGCAGAUCUUGUUCCUUUUGCUGAAUUUUGUCUGUCGAUUAAAAUCUAAUAAAUAAGUCAUUUAUUGAA